AUGAUGUCUGCUCUCACAGUGUAUGGUUGUGUUUUUUGAUACCCGCCCGAACCUUUCUUUAACGUUUUUGCUGAAAAAUUUCUCUGCUAAAGACUUUGAUUAAGCAGCUGACAAUUAUCGGUCGUGAUCUAGAUAUUUAUUUGAACAGCUGUCUUCGCUGUGAAUUGUCGGCUGACCUUCUCAUGAGGAUGCGUUUUCCCUCCCUCCAGAGGCAUUAUCGCCCACAAUUUAUCGUUUCCGGAUGCCACUUCGUCGCGGGGGUCUUUUGCAUGUUUAGUUGUCGCGUUUACCUAGCUCUCGAUGAGCGAACUUCGUGGUGGUCCCUGCUAUGCUAUACUGCCUGUGGGCAUUGCCCGCUCCCUUUCACUGCCAAUCCUGAGGUUUUGUCAAUAAUUCAGCUUGUCCGGUGAUAUUUCGGACGUUAGCCUCCCGGCGAUUUUUGCUAUAUCACUUCACUGUAAUUGCCUAGGUAAUAUCUAGCCGUCCGCGCAUACAGCUUUCAACGCCGUAGUUCGACCCUCAUGAUCGGUCACAAUGUCCAAAUUUGCAGUUGCUGAUGCGUCGGCCGCGAGUUACACGUAUUUUAUAACUACGUUCUUUUGACUUUUUUGUAGUGCACUUCUGCGUGCGAGCUCUGCUCCUUUUUGCGGCCUAGCUGUCCGCAAUCUUUCGCUAACUUCGCGCUCAGUCCCUUCCACUUUUCUCCGCUGCACUCCUGUCCUUUCUGCGUGCAAACAUGGAAAAGGGAGCACAAGUGAUGAAGUGCGAGACACGGCCCAGACCGAAAUGCAACAGUACUGGCAAAAGAACGCUGACCUGAAGCGCCCGUGGUCUCCACACUUGCAAAUUUACCACCCACCACUCGUUAUGCGAAAUUCCUUCUUGCACCGUGCCACCGGUAUUGCGAUGGCGCUCGGUACGCUCCAUUCGCACUUCAUUAUAAUUGUAUAUAUUUGGUAAACGACCGCGAUUUUUACCCGUCGCUAUUUCUCCCCACUUAGUUUGGACCUCGGUUGGCUGCGCCGGUUUCUUCUACACCGGCCACUUUGAUGCCAUGCUGGACUAUGUCAAUAGUUUCCAUCUUGGUCCUUACGUUCUUGGCAGUUGCAAGUUCGUCCUGGCAUAUCCUUUGGUGUACCACUAUCUAAACGGAAUGAGACACUUGGUAAGUUUGCUCCAAAGAUUCUGUGUAACUUUGAUUUCUGCACUUUGUCGUCGGUAGUAGUUUAUGGUCAUGCUUUUGAUCUUUCUUUAGGCGUGGGAUUAUGCUAUCGGUUUCGAUAUGAAGACAGUGAACACCACUGGAAUGACCGUCAUAAUACUUUCUGUCCUAGUCGCCAUGGGCCUCGCAUCGAUCAAACUCUGA